CCGGAAGUGGUCCUGAGAUCCGAGCCGGAAAGCGGAAGCAGUGUGCAGCACGUGGGGGUGGUGCUUGUCGGAGACCUGUAGGUCCCUAGCGACGUGGGAGGCGAAGCUGGCUGCCGCGACAGUGGAAGAGGAGGGACGAGGUGCGGGGGACUGGAGUGACACCAAGGACCCUGGAGACCGGCUGAGUUCCAUGGAGAGUUCCGGGGAGCAGCCGAGCGCACAGUCCCCGCACCCUGGGGACCACUGCAUUCGCGACGGCGACUUCGUGGUGCUGAAACGGGAAGAUGUGUUCAAAGCAGUGCAGGUCCAGCGGAGAAAAAAAGUAACUUUUGAAAGACAGUGGUUCUACCUGGAUAAUGUCAUUGGCCAUAGUUAUGGAACCACAUUUGAAGUGACUGGUGGAGGAAGUCUUCAGCCCAAGAAGAAGAAAGAAGAGCCUACUUCAGAGACUAAAGAAGCUGGCACUGACAAUCGAAAUAUAAUUGAUGAUGGGAAAUCUCAGAAACUCACUCAAGAUGACAUAAAAGCUUUGAAAGACAAGGGCAUUAAAGGAGAGGAAAUAGUUCAGCAGUUAAUUGAAAAUAGUACAACAUUCCGAGACAAGACAGAAUUUGCUCAGGACAAAUAUAUAAAAAAGAAGAAGAAGAAAUAUGAAGCCAUUGUUACUAUUUUGAAGCCAUCCACUCGUAUUCUUUCAAUUAUGUAUUAUGGAAGAGAGCCUGGAAAAAUUAACCACAUGAGAUAUGAUACAUUAGCCCAGAUGUUGACAUUGGGAAAUAUUCGUGCUGGCAAUAAAAUGAUCGUCAUGGAAACUUGUUCGGGCUUGGUGCUGGGCGCAAUGAUGGAACGAAUGGGAGGUUUUGGCUCCAUUAUUCAGCUGUACCCUGGGGAUGGACCCGUUCGGGUAGCAACAGCAUGUUUUGGAUUUCCCAAGUCCUUCCUCAGUGGUCUUUAUGAAUUCCCCCUCAACAAAGUAGACAGUCUCCUGAAUGGCACAUUUUCUGCUGAGAUGUUAUCUUCAGAGCCGAAAGACAGUGCUUCCGUUGAAGAAAGUAAUGGCGUAGUUGAAGACAAGCAGAUUGCUGAACAAGACACUGAAGACCCCAUGGCAGAGGCACCAGACAGCAGACACCCAGAAGAGCAAGAAACAAUGGAAGUUAUUGCUCAAGACCCAGAAUAUAAGGAGCCGAAGGAGAGAGGAGACAAAAAAGAUUACAUUCAGGAAAAGCAGAGGAGGCAAGAAGAACAGAGGAAAAGACAUUUAGAGGCUGCUGCUCUGCUGAGCGAAAGAAACGCAGAUGGUUUAAUCGUGGCAAGUCGUUUCCAUCCCACUCCGCUGCUGCUGGCUUUACUGGACUUCGUGGCCCCUUCACGGCCAUUCGUGAUCUACUGUCAGUACAAAGAGCCUUUGUUGGAAUGCUACACAAAACUGCGGGAGAGGGGAGGAGUCAUCAACCUCAGGCUGUCUGAAACCUGGCUGCGAAAUUACCAGGUUCUGCCAGAUCGAAGUCACCCCAAACUGCUGAUGAGUGGAGGUGGUGGCUACCUUCUGUCAGGAUUCACCGUGGUCUCGGACAGCCUUAGAGCAGACACCAGCCUCAGAUGCAGCACCAGCACUUUAGAGUCUCUCAACAUGGAGGAGCCGGCAGCCAAAAAGCAGAAAUGCGCAGAGUCUGGGUCUUAACCCUAUGAGAACUGCUUUCAUUUUUAUUCUCAGGCAUUCUGUGGUUGAUAAUUAAACCUUAAAUGCCAUUGCUGGUUGUUUUUUUCAUAUUCUAAGAGUACAGCCUGUCUGCGCCCCACCCUGAGAAGGUGGAUCAGCCUCUGUCCCCUUCUGACGCCGGUGGUAUUGGGGCCAGAGCUGCAGCUCCAGUGUGCAGGCCUGGAGUGAUGCAACAGUACUGUUUCCUUAACAAAGCUGGAGUAGCACUAAAUAUUUUGAGGUUUUUAACACUCUGAAUACGUAUUUAUAUAAGAUUGUUUAUAUACAAACUAAGUGGAAUAACAGUAUAGCUGAAACUUGGUAAGUUCUGAAAGAAUUUGUAGAAGAAAUUUCCACCGUUCAUUCCCUUCUGUUUAACCCAAGCAAUAUGGACGUGUGGCUGUACCAAAACGUCCACCCUGCUCCCUUUGGGGAGAUAAGCUUUCCUAAUAUGCUACAAUUUACUCUUUUAAUAGUUGACAACCUAGAAGAGUUCCAGGUAUUUAUUUACUGCUUUUUUUUUUUUGGUACAUAGAAGGUUUAGUGGGUACUUUUUUUGCAAUAAUUUGCCAAUUCCCUUAUUCUUUGUUCCAAAUAAAGUGACGAGAACUUUUGUGUAAUAUUUAAUUAAAGGAAACAUUUUCUUCCAUUGUAGAGACUUAAAGAUACACACAUUUAUAUAUGUGUAUAGAUGUUGAUAUGUACACAUACACAUUUAUAUAUACGCACAGACAGAAUGUGCUACCUAUAAUGUAUACAGACAUGGAGAGAAUAUCAUAUUUAUUUGAAUUAGAAAAAGUUGGACCCAUUCUGAUUGCUUUGGUGUUGCUCCUUGUCAAAUAUAUGUAAAGUGCCUUUUUCUAGUGAUUGUUAAUACAGGUCUGAGAUGCUCUGUGGUGACUGGGUAGGGAGCCUCAGUAGGUGCUGCAAAGUAGAUGACUACGGUGACAGGUUCAGAGUAAGCCAGAGCCCUCAUCUGUCUGAGAAUGGGUCUCACUCUGUAAUCACGCUUGUGUGUGCUGUUCCCUCCAGCACAGAAGAGACAGGGAUCAUGCAGCCCACAGCAUCUCCAAAAGAUGAGCUUUCCUUUUCCUAAUGGCAGUGCUAUCUGAUAAUACUGGUGUGAUUGCCAACAAGUACAGUUGUGGUUUCCUUUUCUUAGAGAAUAAAAGUGUCACCUACCCUGCUCUGUCUGACUUGCUUUAUUGAUGGUGCGGUGGCACCACAGGGACACCCUCGGCCGGCAGUCUGUCACAGAGCACAGCAGUGGUCCCUCAACACAGCAGAGCCAGCCUUGCAUGUCCAGGACACACAGCUGUGAGCCCAGGGGACAUCCCAGUGCCAGCU